UCCCUGGGGUCAGCCAGGCUGAUGGGGAUGGGGGACCCAGGCACCUUGCCUUACACCCCAGAAGCCCUGGCAGCAGGCUGGAGGCUGAAAGCCUGGGGUGACAGAAAGCCCCCUCCAUGUGACUUGUCCUCUGUGCGUGACUAUUGAGCAAGGGCAUUCCUGGGCACACGUGGGUGCCUCAGCUGAUGCCAGGAGGAGGUUGGGCUGAGGCCAGAGCAAGGGAUGGAGAGGAAGAGCAGGAUCAAAGCCUUCCUUGGGCUGAGUGUGGUAGCACAUGCCUGUAAUCCCAGCACUUGGGAGGCUGAGACAGGAUCACCGCAAGUGCAGGGCCAGCCUGGACUACAUAGUGAGACCUUGUCUCAAAACACCAAAACAAAACCAGAACACACACGAGCACACAUGCACACACCCAGGCCCUCCUUGGCCCCGAGUCCUUAGGCCCACUGCAGGCUUCUGACGAAGACAGGCGGUGGCCAGUUCAUCUCAGGGCCACCCUGGAAGGCUGUGUCCAGAAGGGUUCUGAGGCUGCAUCCAAGUUGGUGGGAAACAGCGCCGUGUUGAGCAAGAUCAGGGCUGGGCUACUCAUUGGGAAUAAGUGCUGAAAGCAGAGAGGGGUGAUUUGGGAUAAGCCACCAUGUGCAACUCCUGAUCUCACCUAAGCUGCUUGGACUUUACACACUAAUGCUGUUAUCAUCAUCCCACUUUACAGGGGAAGAGAGCAGGCCAGGGUUGGGGAGGCACAUAGAUCUCUAUGCCCUCGUCCUGGGCGUGGCCCUGUGCUGGGUGACCCUGGACUACUCCAUUGCCCUCUCUGGAUGUGCCUUUCUGAGCUGCCAAGAGGUCCAGGGAGGUGACUAUGAGGGAUCCAGAGUCAGUCUUGGGCUUUGGAGGUAUUCAGAAUCCUCCCUAUUUUCGGGGAGGCAGCUGCUCACCUGCUGUGUGACAUCCAGCCAGUGACCCUGCUCUCUGGGUCUCCGCCUCCCCUUGGGCUAAGUAGGGAAGCGGAGCCAGGUGGGCUGUCAGCCUUUCUUGGGCAGGCUGAUAUGGAGUCAGGGCGGGACCCCAGUGCUGGCUUCCAGUCAGAGCAGCAGUUUCAGAACCUCCUGGAUGUUUAUGCCCUCUACAGUCUACACACUUGCUUCCAUUGAAACCCUGCAAGGUGGGGAUGUUCCGCCCUGUGGAUGGAAAGUGGAGACCCAGGGUUGUGCAGCCUGGAGAACACAGGGAUGGGACUCACACUCGGACUCGGGCUUGCCUCCCAAGCCAGGGCUCCCUGUUUCCUUUGGGCAGACGGAUGGGAUCCCUUCUGCUCCUUCUCGUGCUCCUGUGACAUCGCUACCACAGAAGCCAGGAGGCAGAUGGAGAGCCAGAAGAGCUGGAGACAGGGGCUCUUCUCUCAGACUGGCGUGAGCUUGGUAGACACUAAGAAGCUGGGAGACGCCACCCGUGCCCGCACCAGCACCCAGUGUGCAACCCCCUCCCCCCCCGCCUUGCAUCUAGGGGGACACACAGUUUACCUCGGGAGGAGGACAAGGAGGGCUUCCUGGAGGAGAGGUCUGUGCCCAGGCUGGGAUGAGCAGGAGAUGGCUGCUCAUCUCAGAGGGCUCAUCUCAGAGGACGGAAAGGAGGAAAGCAUUAUGUCACGAGGCUGGGGCCCAGCCCAGCGGCAGGAAAGUGCGGGGCGGGAGGAAAUGGAAGAAAUUCCUCCCGCUGGAAUGCAGAAGGAGGCGGGGUGGUGGGAUGGGGCCUGGGGUGCCUGUUCUCAGGACAGCGGGAGCCAGGGAAGGUUUUGAUCUGGGAGGCAGCAGGUCUGGUUCACAGAUUCACAGGGUGGAAAAGCCCUGCAGUCGCUGGGGGAGGGGACCUGGGGCCGGCAGGGCAGUGUGCUGGGACCUCCCCAGGUGUGGGCAGGUGGCCCUUCUGGUGGCAGGAAAGGGUUGCUGAGAGUGGCAUUUGAACGUCUCUAAGUGGCAUCUGGAAAGUCAGGGUAGGUUCUGUGUGAUUUGCCCGGGCAGGAUGGGGCGGGGCACAGAGGCCCCCAAGGAGAGCUGGGGAGGUGGAGCAGCCAGGGCCAGGUAGGGAAACUGAGGCCCGACCCGCACUGAGCCUGUGGGUUCGGCAGCUUGGGGAUCCACCCUGUGAAACAGGCCUUACCUGCUGCUUGCACCUGGGAUCAGCGCCGGAAGCUGGGAGUGGUGGUGCAUACCUGUGAUCCCAGCUGUGAAUUUGAGACCACCUGAACUACAUCGGGAGACCCUGUCUCAACCCCUCUCCCCCCAGAAAAGAAGCCUGGAAGUUCUGAAGACCCGCUCAGCUCCAGGGCCACAGCAGCUGCCUCUGCCAGGGAAUCUCUUGAAGUGUCAACUUCCCUUUCCUCUCCCACUCCUUCCGUCCCUCUGAGCUGCCAGACCCCUGACUGCAUGGGCCAGCAGGGGCUGGGGGUUCCCAAGAAGGCUGGACUGUCCCCACCUCAGCCUGAGUCAUACUGAGAGUUCAGACAUUUGGGCAUGUGCUGUGGCCCAGCAAGGUUUAGGUCCUGGUCAAUGGGACAAUACCUCUGCCUGGAGACACAAGACCACUUGUGGGGGAGAUAGACACUGAGCGAAUCUGUAACAUGUAUGAGUAAUGAGUCUACAUGGUGAGAAGUUCAGUGGAGAAAGAGGUAGGGAAGCACUUGUGUCUUGCGUGUCCAGGCUGGGAAUUCUAAGCUGAGUUUUGUUUUGUUUUGUUUUGUUUGGAGACAGGGUCUCAUUAUAUAGUUCAGGCUGGCCCUGAACUUACUCUAUAGCCCAGGCUGACCUCGAAUUCAUGGCAAUCCCACCUCAGCCUCCUCAGGGCUGGGAUUACAGGUGUGCGCCAACAUACCUGGCUGAACAUUUACAGAGAGACCUGAAGGAUGAUGAAACGGACUUGGGGGCUGUCUAGGGAACAAGACUACCAGGUGGAGGGAGCAGCUGGUGCCAGGGCCCUGGGGGCACUCACUGUGUGUCUGAGUACAGCAAGAGGCCGAAGGGCUGAGCAGGAGCAGAGGCCACAUCACCAGCACCUGGGGCCUCUGAGGUGACCUGGCUUUGCUGCCAGUGGGAUGAGAGCCAAGGAAGGGUCCUGAGACAGAGGUGACAGGAUCUUUCAUCUCCCACUAUGUCCCCAGGUGUCACCUAGGUCUUCCCAAUGUGUUGGAGGCGGGGCUUACUCCCGAUUGGCUCCACAAGGCAGCGCAAGGAGCCAGGGCCUGGGCCUGUUUGUUUUUUCAGGUGGUCUUGCUAUGUAGCCCAGAAUUUACAGUCCUCCUGCCUCAGCCUCCUGAGCUGUUGGUAUUACAGGUGUGGGGCCAGCUGGACCCAGCUUUUUAUGUUUGUUUUUGUGCUACUGGGGAUGGAAACCCAGGACCUUUGCACUGAGCUACAUCCCAGCCCUUUUUAUUUUGAGACAGGGUCUUGCCAAGUUGCCCAGCCCGGGCCCAAACUUGUGAUCCUCCUGCCUCAGCUCCCGAGCCACUGGGAUUACAGGUGUGCACCAUCCUGCCUGGCUGGACCCGGUUUUUGCCCCCUGAUCUGUAGCAGUCUGGCCAUUGCUAAUGCACACAACUCACUUCACAGAGUAACUUCCUUCAUGGUCUCCUUUGCUCCUUCCCACAUUACCUCUCCAAGGGAACUGGCAGAUGGGGAAACUGAGGCUCACACCGAAGAGGCGAUAAGAUCGGAUCACCUGGGGACAGAAAGCCCCGCUGCUUCGAAGGGGCUGGGAGACGGUCCCCUUCUCCAGCUCACAGCAUUGACCCCUGGCCCCUAGGAUGUCCUUCUGUCUCCAGCCCGAGGGCACUUGCUGUAGGCAUGUCUGUGGAUCCCUUGUCCAGCAAAGCCCUGAAGGUGAGGAGUCAGCUGUUGCCCCCUCCCUGCCCAUGCACAGCCUCCACGUUCCCAACUUCCCUUUUCCUUCCCAGAAUCUCCAGGGGUGGCUCGGCAGGCGGCAGGAGUUUGUGGUGGCACCGGGACAGGCCACUUCCCGCUCUGGGCCUGCUUCCCCGUUCUAAGGUCAAGCGCGAGCUGAGCGAGAACACGCCGCACCUGUCUGACGAGGCACUGAUGGGGCUGUCAGUGCGCGAGUUGAACCGGAACCUGCGCGGGCUCUCGGCCGAGGAGGUGACGCGGCUCAAGCAGCGGCGCCGCACGCUCAAGAACCGCGGCUACGCCGCCAGCUGCCGCGUGAAGCGCGUGUGCCAGAAGGAGGAGCUGCAGAAGCAGAAGUCGGAGCUGGAGCGCGAGGUGGACAAGCUGGCCCGCGAGAACGCGGCCAUGCGCCUGGAGCUCGACGCGCUGCGCGGCAAGUGCGAGGCGCUGCAGGGCUUCGCGCGUUCGGUGGCUGCGGCCCGCGGGCCGGCCUCACUCGUGGCGCCAGCCAGCGUAAUCACCAUUGUCAAGUCCGCGCCGGCCCCCGGGCCCGGCCCCGCCCCCGGGCCGGCCGCCUGCACCUAGUGUCUGCUGUGCCCCCGCCCACCUCCCCACGCUAACCACGCCCCCUACCCCGCCCUUCCCAAAGUGCCUGAGCGCGUUUCUGUUCCCAGGUCCCAUGUGCCCAACACAUUCCCUUCCUGGGCUCUGUCUUACUAUUGCAGUCCCCCAAACUGGGACCCAGUAUUCCUGGGGAGGGGCACCUUCGCUUGGUUGGCAGGCAUCUCGGGUAAGGGUUUCCCGUGGCUAGAAGCUCAUCCUUUCCUAGAUCAGGAGGGCCUGGAUGUGGAGCCCGCUCAGGGAAGCGCGAUUGGGGAGGAGGCCAUGCUGCCUCCUUGGGAGUGUGGGAAACUGGUUAAUGGGGCCAGUAUGCCCUCCCACCCUCUGGCCCGGACCCGAACCCCAACUCGAACUCGGUCGAGGUUUGGCACUGUGGGUGACGGGCUCCCCUGCUGAGUCGAUGCACUGAAGAGACUCCCACUUCUCUUUGGGUCUGGGGGUGCCUGGCUUUCUAAAGCUCUGAGGGUCAAAGCUAGUGAGGCCCAGCUAAGAUGCGGACCCACCCCCAGCGUAUAGGACGGUGUUCAAGGCCGCAUAUCCCUUAGUGACUGAGCUGGAACAAAAACGUAGGCCUUUUCACUGCUACCCCAGGGUUCCAGCCAUGGUUUCUCAUGGGGGACAGCAGACAGGGAGUGAUGAAGGUGGUGAGAGGCCUCCCGAGCCAGGAGCACAGCUAUCUGAUGGAAGGGGAAGAGAAGCAGAGGGAAAGAGAAGGUGAUGUAGAUGGCUGAUGGGAAACAGGCUGGCCAGCCAAAGAAGGAGACAUUGGAGGUGACCAUUGUGGAGGUAGAGGUAGGAAAGUGAGACAGUCUGCAGUCCCGAAGCAUGGAGUGAGACCCUGGAAGGAAGGCUCUCACCUUACCCAUAAGUGUCCCCCGUGGGAUGGGAGUGGCACUGCUGUGCAGAAGCCCAGCCUGGCCCCUCCCCUAGCGCUGUACACAGCCGCCUCCUCUGCUGUUUAUUUAUUGCAUGAAUCUAAGUUAUUCUCCCCAGCCAGAGCCCAGCUCCUGCUGCCUGGGAAGUGGCGUUUUGGGCCUGAGCUGGGCUUUAUAUUUUAUAUAUAUGCAAGUCGCAUUUUAUCUUAUAUUUAGGGAAGGCCAGGUGGCAACAACGUUUUUUUUAAAAAAAUUGCCCGGCCCCCAGAAUUUAUUUAUUUUCUGACUUACAGUGAGCGAGUUAUCUGCCUUCUGUAUUUUGUAGACUUUCUGAAUAAAGUCAAGUUCUUUUCCGCA